AAACACCAAACCAACAUGCGUCCAGUAAGAGAGAGAGAUCAGCAAACCUUAAUUUGCUACUCCUCUCUUGUAUUGUAGUAGUUCAAUCGGUUGCCAUAAUUUACAUUUUCAAUUUUGUGCUUUCAAGUUUCAAUAUCGUUUGAACAAUUUACGGAAGUUUUUCCCUUUUAUGAUCACUGCCAAACCUCCCUUCAAAAUCCAUUUAACCCUCUUUCCCAUUUUCCACCAUUUCAAUCUCCCUUCUCUGACAACAAUUCCUCUCUGAUUUCUUACCCUUCCCAGGAAAAAAUAAAAGAUUCCAUUUUUAUUCCCCCCCUUUUCGCUCUGUUUCUUAGUGAUAGUCAGAAAACGCUUAACAGCUUAACUCAAUUCCUAAAUUAGAUUGCGAUCAUGGAGGAUAGAAGGAAGGACAGUCAGAGAAGAUCACAAAACAGGAAGCCGCCGCGUGGAGGUGCAGGGUCCACAAAUGUUGAAAAGAGAUCAGUUUUUGUCAAUUAAGGGUAUUGGCAGCCUACUGUACCUGUGUGGGAGAAAGAAUUCUGCAAAGUGGUUGGAUCAAUGGACUGGGAGACAUUGCUGCAACUGAAGAGAUAUAUUCACUUAUACGAUAAUGUGUUGGAUUGGAACGACUCUGCAGGCGAGGAAGCAUUCAGCAACGCCAAAAAACGAUACUGGGCUAAGAGAAAGGGCUUAUCCUGUGACAUAUCACUGCCUGAUCCCGAUCUUUACAUUGACAAGAUCGAUUGGGAUUCACACAAUGAUCCCGAGAUGCUGUUGUCAGAUGUCGAGAGCCCGGCUACGAGUCCCCAGACAGAGGAAGAUCACGAUCCUGUAGUAAUCUUUGGUGAUUAUGCUGCUCCGGACCAUAUUUUGGCUACCGUAGGCUGGGGUGAUUUGGAAGAGAACUUAGUGGGCCCGGCCGCUUGUUCCUCUGCCAAUUAUGCUGAUCCGUGGAACGAGUGGUCAGGGUAUCAUAACGACGAUGCGUGGCAAUACAACAGCACCAGGAGCGGGAGCGGGCAUAGGUACAUGCCACGGGCAGGUGACGGGAACAAUUGGAGUCGGAACUAUGCUAAUCGUCGUUAUAACUAUGUAGGAGCCAACACUAGAGACGCGAUGGGCGCUGGAACGAGAACCCAAUGACCAGAUUUAUGUUGAGUUGGGGGGUUGAAGCGAAUGAGAGGAACGAAUAGUGAUGAUCGUGAUAAAUUCGAAGUCGAUAACCGUUGGACAAACACGGUAAACCGAGAGUGGGCCGUCCCAGAAGGCACGGGCCUGUUGCUGCAACAUAUUGGAUUCAUCCUGGUCUGGUUUGGUCCGUGAACAACGCUAGCAAUGGUUGUGAUGAAUUGUAAAUUUGAAUUUUGUGCAGCAUCUUGAGAUUUUUUGUUUAGGCCGAUAUGUUAUGUGUAGUCAACAAAUUUUCGUAAUUUGAAUAAAAAUAUAUGAAUUGAAAU